UGGGUGGGUGGGUGGGAGGGUGAGCCCCCCACCCCCGCCCCUGAAACUUCCAUAGCAAAUAGCAAGCAUCCAGCUAGACUCAGUCGCGCAGCCCCUCCCGGCGGGCAGCGCACUAUGCGGCUCGAGUGGGCGUCCUUGUUGCUGCGACUGCUGCUGCUGUGCGCGUCCUGCCUGUCCCUGGUGGCUGACAGCCCCGCCGCGGCACCUGCCCAGGAUAAAACCAGGCAGCCUCGGGCUGCAGCAGCGGCCGCCCAGCCAGACCAGCGGCAGGGGGAGGAAAGACAGGAGCGAGGCCAUCCGCAACCUUUGGCCGGGCAGCGCAGGAGCGGCGGGCUGGUCCAGAACAUAGACCAACUCUACUCUGGCGGUGGCAAAGUGGGCUACUUUGUCUACGCGGGCGGCCGGAGGUUCCUGCUGGACCUGGAGAGAGAUGACACAGUGGGUGCUGCUGGUGGCAUCGUUACUGCAGGAGGAGGGCUGAGCGCAUCCCCUGGCCACCGGGGUCACUGUUUCUACAGAGGCACUGUGGACGGCAGCCCUCGAUCCCUAGCUGUCUUUGACCUCUGCGGAGGUCUGGACGGCUUCUUCGCAGUCAAGCACGCGCGCUACACUCUGAAGCCGCUCCUGCAUGGGUCCCGGGCAGAGUAUGAACGAGUUUAUGGGGAUGGGUCUUCACGCAUCCUGCAUGUCUACACCCGCGAGGGCUUCAGCUUCGAGGCCCUGCCGCCACGCGCCAGUUGCGAGACUCCUGCAUCCUUGUCUGGGCCCCAAGAGAGCUCCUCGGUGCAUAGUAGAUCUAGGCGACGCUCAGCGCUGGCCCCGCAGCUGCUGGACCACUCAGCUUUCUCACCAGCUGGGAAUGCGGGACCUCAGACUUGGUGGAGGCGGAGGCGCCGUUCCAUCUCUAGGGCCCGCCAGGUGGAGCUGCUCUUGGUGGCUGACUCGUCCAUGGCCAGAAUGUAUGGGCGGGGCCUGCAACAUUACCUGCUGACCUUGGCCUCCAUCGCUAACCGGCUGUACAGCCAUGCAAGCAUCGAGAACCACAUCCGCCUGGCUGUGGUGAAGGUGGUAGUGCUGACAGACAAGGACAAGAGUCUGGAGGUGAGCAAGAAUGCGGCCACGACCCUCAAGAACUUUUGCAAAUGGCAGCACCAACAUAACCAGCUAGGCGAUGACCAUGAGGAGCACUAUGAUGCCGCCAUCCUGUUCACCAGAGAGGAUUUAUGUGGGCAUCAUUCAUGUGACACCCUGGGAAUGGCAGACGUUGGGACCAUAUGUUCUCCGGAGCGCAGCUGUGCUGUGAUUGAAGAUGAUGGCCUCCAUGCAGCCUUCACUGUGGCUCAUGAAAUUGGACAUCUACUUGGCCUCUCUCAUGACGAUUCAAAAUUCUGUGAAGAGAAUUUUGGUUCCACAGAAGACAAGCGUUUAAUGUCUUCAAUCCUUACCAGCAUUGAUGCAUCCAAGCCUUGGUCCAAAUGCACUUCAGCCACCAUCACAGAAUUCCUGGAUGAUGGUCAUGGUAACUGUUUGCUAGACCUACCACGGAAGCAGAUUCUGGGUCCCGAGGAACUCCCAGGACAGACCUAUGAUGCCACCCAGCAGUGCAACUUGACAUUUGGACCUGAGUACUCUGUGUGCCCUGGCAUGGAUGUCUGUGCGCGGCUGUGGUGUGCUGUGGUGCGCCAAGGCCAAAUGGUGUGUCUGACCAAGAAGCUGCCUGCCGUGGAGGGCACUCCCUGUGGGAAGGGAAGAAUCUGCCUGCAAGGCAAAUGCGUGGACAAAACUAAGAAAAAGUAUUAUUCGACAUCAAGCCAUGGAAAUUGGGGGUCCUGGGGCCCCUGGGGUCAGUGUUCUCGCUCGUGCGGGGGAGGAGUACAGUUUGCCUACCGCCAUUGCAAUAACCCUGCGCCUCGAAACAGUGGCCGCUACUGUACAGGGAAGAGGGCCAUAUACCGUUCCUGCAGUGUCACACCCUGCCCACCUAAUGGUAAAUCUUUUCGCCAUGAGCAAUGUGAAGCCAAAAAUGGCUACCAGUCGGAUACAAAAGGAGUCAAAACAUUUGUAGAAUGGGUUCCCAAAUAUGCAGGUGUCCUCCCAGCAGAUGUGUGCAAGCUCACCUGCAGAGCUAAGGGUACUGGAUACUAUGUGGUCUUCUCUCCAAAGGUUACCGAUGGGACUGAGUGUAGGCCAUACAGCAACUCUGUGUGUGUCCGAGGAAGGUGUGUGAGAACUGGAUGUGAUGGCAUCAUCGGCUCAAAACUACAAUAUGACAAGUGUGGAGUAUGUGGAGGGGAUAACUCCAGUUGUACAAAGAUUAUCGGAACCUUCAAUAAGAAAAGCAAGGGUUAUACUGACGUUGUGAGGAUCCCUGAAGGAGCAACCCACAUCAAAGUCCGACAGUUCAAAGCCAAAGACCAGACUAGAUUCACUGCUUAUUUAGCCCUAAAGAAGAAAACUGGCGAGUACCUUAUCAAUGGCAAGUACAUGAUCUCCACUUCAGAGACUAUCAUCGACAUCAAUGGUACCGUCAUGAAUUACAGUGGGUGGAGCCACAGAGAUGAUUUUUUACACGGGAUGGGCUAUUCAGCCACAAAAGAAAUCCUGAUCGUGCAGAUCCUUGCAACAGACCCUACUAAAGCAUUAGACGUCCGUUACAGCUUUUUUGUUCCCAAGAAGUCCACUCAAAAAGUGAACUCAGUCAUCAGCCAUAGCAGUAACAAAGUGGGACCGCACGCUCCGCAGCUGCAGUGGGUGACAGGCCCAUGGCUGGCCUGCUCUAGGACCUGUGACACAGGCUGGCACACCAGGACCGUGCAGUGCCAGGAUGGAAACCGGAAAUUAGCUAAGGGAUGCAUUCUCUCUCAGAGGCCUUCUGCAUUUAAGCAAUGUUUGCUGAAGAAAUGCUAGCCUGUGGUUUAGUCUAACACACAAAAAUAACAGGAGGAUCAUCGCAGAUACAGCUGUGGUGAAGGCAAGGCCUACCGAAAGCACAGAAAGACAGGCCUUCCUGUCACUGUCACCAUGAGUCGAAUUAUGGGCAGAAUCUGCUCUCUACCACCAAAAGAUUUACUCUAUUUGGUGUAAGGAUAGUGAUCUUGGAAUAGAGAAAACGUGGGAGCUAUGGAACAGCCCUGGGCCAACACAAAGGAGACACACAAUGAUGAAUGUAGAAUUGGGGACAUUUGAAGAUGGCAGAGAAGUCUUGUCACCUACCUCUUAUAGAAUGUCUUCAAAGGCAUCGUGAUCGUGUUCAGCCAUAACACACAACUUAUUUUUACUGUUUGUAAAUGCAUCCACCCUUGGUAUGUCACUUUAUAAACUUGGUCCUAUUAAUAUAUACACAUAGGUAUAUAUAUAUAUGUACAUAUAUAUAUGUAUAUAUAUAUAUGUACAUCCGUAUAUACGGAUAUAUGUAUAUAUCCGUAUAUAUAUAUAUAUGUAUAUAUAUAUAUAUAUAUAUAGCUAUAACAAAAUAUUUGACCAAAGUAGAUCUACAGCUAUUUCGACUACUAGUUUCCAGAAAGAGCUGUGGAAGAUUUACUGGAAAUUAAAAACUUGCUGCUGUUAAGUAAGACUUUGUAUAUUGUUGGUCUGCAGGAAAUAACAUUUUAGUUUAAAAAAAAAAUAGAAACCAUUUUGACAGCAAGCACCUUCUGUGAAGUUCUAAAAAGGGAAAGGAUUUGUGUGUGUCUGAUCAUUUAAACACAUAUUCAGCUCCAUGUACUCUAAAUUUUGAUGGUCUGUAUUUUUCUUUCAGGCAGCCAGCCAAGUUAUUGUAUCAUUUGGGUGUAGAAAUUGUGCUUUCCUGUGUAUAUGUGAUCAAUAUCCAAGGGUCUAAAAAUUAGCUUGCUUGUAUUAGAAUUUAAAAAAAAAAACAAAUAUGUCACUGUGUUUUCAAUUUAUAUUUUCACAACUGCUUCAUUUUCUACGGCUCCCAGCUCAUAUCUCACAAUGUAUAGUAGUCAAUCAUACAGAACACACAAUGCCAAGCUGUCUCUCACAUCCAGCACCUUCAGUAAUGGCUUGCCUCUGCUCAGCCAGUGUUUUUAAAAUGUGUUUGUGUUUGCUUGUUUGUUUUUCCUGAGGGUUGGAAGACGUGGUUCCGUAUUGACUGGGUGUAACAGUAAUAUUAAAAUCAUUUCAUAUUUAGCCUCAUCUUGAACAAGCAAUCAGAUCAGUUCAACUAAUUCAAGAAACCAAACUAGUUAGCACUUAAAAGACUGCUUCCACACCAUAGGCAACUGUCUCAUAAUUCACAAAGUAUAAGUACAUACCUGCUGUAUUGGAGAAUUUUCGUUAUCAGAAAGCAUUUGUCUGCACCAGUGAGUUUGUAAGUGAUGAAAUAUAAGUUUUUUUAAGAAGUCUUUUACCUGUACAAGAAGGCUGCACAUGCUUAAUAAUUAUCAUAAACAGAAAAUCUCCUUUAAAGUACACACUGCAAGACCCCCUCUGAUAAUUCAAGUAAUAUGAGGUAUUUUUAUUCCAUUGGCAUUUCUUUUUUCUUUAAAAAAAAAACCUGCAAAGUAAAUUGUUUUAUGCAAAUUCUACCAAAUGUGCCUACUGUUAAAUAUUUGCAUAUAAGGAUUUUGAGAAAUCCUCUCUGGAAUUCCACUAAAUGUAUGAGUGUUUAUUUUUAUUAUAGGAUAUUUUAAUAUAAAUAAUUAUGUAAUUGAUGACUCCAUAUCACAUUGGUUUCAGUGGACCAGAAAAAAAGAUGAAAAAUCUUACUUAUGUUUGUUUGUUUGUUUAUGUGUUCUACGAGAUUAUUUUCUGAAACAGACCAAUGCCCCUCCAAACUAGUCACUAUUCAUUACAUUCUCAGAGCCUGGUCUUUUCACAUCAAGAAAUUCAGACUAUACAAAACUCGUAGCCUCUUUUGGGUGCUGGUCUCUAAAUAUAGAGCAGGGAAUUAAUCUAGUCAAAUUGGUCAUAAAACAAAAGAUUAUAUCCCACAUUGGUUAUUUAAGUGUGCAGAGAGAAUAAAUAGUGUAAUGCCAAUUUCUCAAAUUUCAAAAACAAUAUAAACCAAGUAAUUCUAAUUUGAAAAAAAAUCUUAUUUUGUUUUUAUUGUGGUAGUAUUAAAAGAAAAGAAAUGAAAAAUAAAUGUGACUAUCUCUUGCUCUGCUUCCCUCUAUGAUCACCAUAGGUUUUUAAUAAGAUUUUCGCUGAGUUCCUUUUCCCUAUAGUGGAGUUUUUUACUUCACACUGAAAUCAUCCUAAGGAGGAUAGCAGAUAAACCACUAAUCUAUGUCCAGAGGGAUUUUUUUUUCACUUUAAAAUGACUAUCAUACAUUGACAGAGGAAUCUAAGGAAAGAGACAAAGCAAACUGAGAUUCAGAAAAGUGAAGUGUCACAGAGGUAAAGAGUAAUGAGUGUGUGGGGAGAAACCUACAUUAAAUUCCAAUUCAUUCAGUUAGAUUCUGUUCUGUGUUUGUGUGUCUUGAAUCUUUAAAGAUCUUGGAUUUCAGAUGGUGAGUAAAGGUGGGAAAACAGAAAAAGGUUAUGCUCAGGUUCCAAAAGAUCUAAACUCACUUGCAUAAAAAUAUCAUUUCAGAGUGUGUGUCAGUUAGUGCAAAAGAGCUCCCAAUGAAACAGUACCUUGAUCUUUCAGAACAGCAGACGUCGUCUUAAGACCCUCCUUAUUGCUUGAAAGUAUAAGAACAUUGUUAUAAUGUAUUUAGAGGACCCAAUGUCUAUUGCCUUCCUGUGGAAACAGUUUGAAACUAACAACUGAGGGAUGAAUCACAAAGCAAACAAAAUAACAAGUUGCAGCACUGAAAACUAAGUAAUUUAUUGUUUUUGCAACUGCCAUGUGAAUUUCUGUGAUGAAAUUAUUUAUUCUUAUUUAACAAAAAUUAUGUGCAAAGUCUUCUAUAUUUAAAAUGUUUUGCUGUUGUCCAAUUCUUAAUUUAUGCUUCUUGUUUGUGUAUAAAGUGCACUUUGUGAGUUUAUAUAAGAUACAGCACUGGUGGCUUUGUAUUUCUUUUUUACAGAAGGCUUUCUGUGUGGAACAGGUGUAUGUGUGUAUAUUCCUCGUGUAUUUUUAGUCUGCCACUCUCUUAAAUUUUAAACUUCCAUUGCUAGCAAUGCUCCUUCCUAAUCACUAUGUUAAUAGGUCAUUUAACUACCAAUAGCAUUGGCUUUUUUAGAUCAUGAGUUUUAAAAAUCUGUACUUAAUCAAGCAAGUUGCAAGUUUUUAACUAGAGGAUAUAUAAACCUUAGGAGCAUCCCACAGAAGCUAAGAGACAAUGGAGAAUAGGGUUUGAAACAGGCAUAGCAAACAGGAGGCCGAGGGAGGGAGACUGUAAAUUUAGGAGCAGUCUGGGAGAUGUAGCAGAUCACUACUUGGGGAUAAGAAAUAGAAUACAUUUCGGUCACAUCACUGGUAAAUAUAUACAAGGAGAUGUUAAUUUAUUAUAUGGAUGUUAUAACACGUCACUUCUAAGUGAUUAAAGAAUGAUAAAUACAAAGUCUUACAGCUUUAGAAACAGCUCCCCACAAAUACAGUGUCUGAGCCUCUGCUGUCUGUGGAGAGUCUACAGAUGUCCUCAAACAAAAGUAGAUUUGUAUAUUUCUGAUAACACAAGUCAUAAUCUUGUCUAUGGGUGUCGAUGUAUGUAACAGAAUACAACUUUUUACUAUUACUGUCAGACCAGAGAGAUAGGACAUGGGACAAGCAGGAGCAAUUCUUGUAGCAACAGCUCAUUUGUGACUGGAAUUGUACAUUCCAGUUCUAGAAAGAAAGUCAAGCUCUCUUGGCCACUGUACAAUUCACUGGGUCAAUCUCUAGCUCUGAUGUUCCUCCAUUAAUAGCUUCCUUGUUAGCAAAUUAACAAGGUCAGUCAGUGCAACCAGCGAGGGACAUAGGCAGGCUCAGAAGUCCAAGGUGGGCACGAUGAUUGUAGCUCAUUGUUAGAAAUUCGAUGAAUACAAUACUUAAUUCUACUCUGAGUUGAAAACCCUGCAAAACAGCAUGGCCAUAAUGUGUUAAUACCACUCAUCUAUUUACAGUGAGACAUGAGGCUGUACAAAUGCAUUACAUUUUUUAUUGUGUCAUGGCUACAAAAUAAAAGAAAUAAACACAAGAACAAGAUAAGUCAUUCAAACAGAUGCAAAAUCAUAUUAAAGGGGUUUUAAUCAUUGAAAUACACAGAAAAGGCACUUGUAUAGUUUUGUUAUUAUUAUUCUCAUUGACCAACAGCCUCUUUGAUAGAGAAUCAAACAAGUAGAUCAGCCUAACUGAAUAGCUUGGUAAUAAUGUGGUAAUAAACCCUUAUUAAUGCAAAAUAUAGGCACGGCUUAUUUAAUCAUAUCACCACAAAACAUAUCAAUUUAAAAUCAAGCCAAUAAUUCUAUUCAAUCAAACAAUGAAGACAUAUUGCAAUAGAGGUCCAUUCAUUAUUAAGUUAAUGCACAGGCAUAAAAAUCAGCUAAAAGAGAUAUAUACACCUAAUAAAUUAUUGGUAUGGAUAUGUCUCAUGCAGGUAUUAUGGGGGGAUAUUAUAUGUCAUUUAUAUAUGUGCAGAGAGAAUAGGACUUUGAUUUAACAUUAAUUCACACAGUUAAUUGUGAUUUCUUAAUAUAUCAGCAUCUUUUGUAUAUGGUUGCUCUCUGGUCCUUGUUAGGUUGGAACCCCUGCUAGCCCUUGCACUGCUAAAAAAAUUCUUCCUUCCCUUCUUCCAUCAACCCCACCCACAAGGAGAAAUCUCCUGGCUUACAAGUUGUCACCCGUGGCCUUCUCAGUUCUGGCAACCCAUUCAAGAGUGCCUUCCCAAGGGCUCAUCUUUUGACCAUAUGUGGGUACAGUCCCAGAUCCUGGCUUACAUGUGAUCAUCCCUUGACGAAGAUAUAUAAAACCCCCUUGCCUUAGCCCAGGUGCCCAACUUCCCUGGCCCUGUUCUUUGGAAUGAGUGAACACAGUGAACCUGCCUGGGAGUGUAUCUAAAAAAAUCUGCAUUUACCUGCUCUUAGUCUGGUCUUAUCUGGUGUAUACUUGUGUCACCAAGAGAGUAAAAGCCUAUUAGUCCCUACCUUUUGGCUCUACUAACCAGCAUGUGUGGACUACACAGGUUAAAAGAAAAAAAUAAGCACUAUCCCAUCUGACCCACCCCCUGUCAGGUAACACCCCAGUCACUCAGAACUUCAAGGACACCCGUGCUCAGAAUACACUGGUUUUGAACUCCAUUUUUCUUUGCCUAAUGCAGUGAAAAACCAUUAUUGUAACAGAGGUGCUGGCAUCUUUAGCAAUGACUGUCAAACAUAGCAUUACUGACUUGUUCUAUAGUUUCCACAUGAUUCUUUAACUUGCUAAAAAGAUCUUUAUCCUUUUAGUCAAAACCAGGCACAAUUUAAUCCCCAGAGUUUGAGAAGUCAGCAUACGUAAGUGCCAUUCUAAUCUAAGGUAUAUCUGAGGACACUUAAGAGAUCAUCAAAACUUGAAGGGAGACAGGUCAGAGCUUGGUCUUGGUGUUUCUGAAUUUUUAAGUUGUCAACAAUUCACGGAAACUUCUCUGUGUGGAUUUUCUUCUUAAACAUUGCAGUAUUUCAUGCUGUAGUCAACAUUUAGUGCCUAGAUCUCAACCUCUUUCUAAUACAUUUACCUUGAAAUAUUAAUGCCUAAACAGAGAGUGUAAUUAGAGUAGGGGUUCUCACCAAUGUGUAAAAUUGUAAGGUUAGACUUCUGACUGAGAAAUGUAUGGUCUUUUCAUGGCAAUACUGAAAUGUUCGUUUACAUGUGGCAUGGAAAUUGCUGGUUCAUCUGCUACAGUCAAGAACUGGCAAACACUGCUUAUAUUUUAGUAGUGAUUGAUUGGUUGGUUGGUUGGUUGGUUGGUUAGUUGCUUGGUUGCAAACAUACAUAGUUUUGAGAUCAGAUAUCGUAAGAAGCUAAGUCAAUGGCAGAAAUACAACCCAUUUGACAUAAGCAAUGGCAGCAAUGCUAAACUUCUGUUAGUAUCCAUGCGUAAGCCAAAUAAGAAACCUUAGUAGCUAGAACUCAGGCAUUUGAAGUCUGAAAACAUAUUACCCCGAUAAUAAAAAUUAAUGAGACUUCACAUGUCUCCACUUUCUGAAAAUGAAGGCAUGUGAUGCAGUUGAAUGGCCAAAAAACUCUUGGAAAAAGUGAGACAGGAUUUGAUGAACAUGUCUCCUUAGCUUUGACAAACGUCAAAUUGGAAUUGGCUGUUUAGAGUAGUACUCUAUCUCAGUCUACAGCCUAUACUAAAUCCUUUUUUUUUUCCUCCAGGAAAACACUUGAAUUGACCUACACUGUAAUUAUUUUUCAUUGAGGAAUACUACUUUGUAAAGCAAAAAACUUUUCAGUGUGAAAUUAAACUGUAUACCUAAA